CGCACAACGGGAAGAAUUCGAGAGAGGGGCGGAGUCAGCCUCUGCCACGCCCUCCGAGUAGGUGGAGCUUCUGGCCGGCAGGGUCUGGAGUUCUUGGUUGGGGGUGUGUGGAGUGAGUGAGUAGUUUUGUUCUCCUCGGCUAAGAGGCUGAAUCCUGAGCCUCUCACCCCUUUGCCGUCCCUUGCUUUCAUCCGCUGGGUGCUAUGCCACUGGCCCGCAGCCUCUCGGUGACCUCCUUGACGGGAUUGGAGGAUUGGGAGGAUGAACUUGAUCUGGAGAAUGCCGUCCUUUUUGAGGUGGCUUGGGAAGUGGCCAAUAAAGUUGGUGGGAUCUACACAGUUAUCCAGACCAAAGCCAAGAUUACACUGGACGAAUGGGGCGAGAAUUACUUCCUGAUCGGUCCUUACUUGGAACUGAAUGUCCGCACACAGGUGGAGCUCAUAGAACCGCCCAAUCCUGCCAUCCGCCGCACUAUUGAUUCCAUGAAUGCAAAAGGAUGCAAAGUUUAUUUUGGCCGCUGGUUGAUUGAGGGGGGACCCUACGUGAUUCUCAUUGAUAUUGGGGCAACAGCUUGGAGUUUGGAUCGAUGGAAAACCGAGCUUUGGGAAAGCUGCUCCAUAGGGAUUCCCUGGUAUGACCGAGAAGCCAACGAUGCAGUUCUCUUUGGCUUCCUAACAGCCUGGUUUCUGGGAGAGUUUGCUGCACAGUGCGAAGAGAAGCCGUUCAUCAUUGGUCAUUUCCACGAAUGGUUAGCUGGGGUUGGUCUUUUCCUUUGCCGGAUCCGGAAGCUUCCGGUGGCUACCAUCUUCACCACCCAUGCGACCUUGCUUGGGCGCUAUCUGUGUGCAGGCAGUGUGGACUUCUAUAACAAUCUUCAGAAGUUUAAUCUAGAUAAGGAGGCUGGUGAUAGACAGAUAUACCACCGUUACUGUAUGGAGCGUGCGGCUGUUCAUUGCACACAUGUUUUCACCACUGUCUCCCAAAUUACAGCUGUGGAAGCGGAACACCUACUAAAACGGAAACCAGACAUUGUGACUCCCAAUGGUCUGAAUGUCAAGAAAUUCUCUGCCAUGCAUGAAUUCCAGAACCUUCAUGCCCAGAGUAAAGCACGUAUCCAGGAAUUCGUCCGGGGCCACUUCUACGGGCACCUGGACUUCAACCUUGAUAAGACCAUUUUCUUCUUCAUUGCCGGACGCUAUGAAUAUAACAACAAAGGGGCUGAUAUUUUUUUGGAAGCCCUGGCCCGUCUCAACUACUUGCUCAGGGUGAACGGCAGCCAGACAACAGUGGUGGCAUUCUUCAUCAUGCCUGCCCGAACCAACAACUUCAAUGUGGAAACUCUGAAAGGCCAGGCUGUCCGCAAGCAGCUGUGGGAUACAGCUAAUGCUGUGAAAGAGAAGUUUGGCAAGAAACUUUAUGAAUCACUCCUUGUAGGGAAUCUUCCUGAUAUGAACAAAAUGCUCGACAAGGAAGAUUUCACUAUGAUGAAGAGAGCCAUCUUUGCCACCCAGCGCCAGUCAUUUCCCCCCGUCUGCACUCACAACAUGCUGGAUGACUCUACUGACCCUAUUCUCAACAGCAUCCGUCGCAUUGGCCUCUUUAACAGCAGCGCAGACCGUGUCAAGGUUAUCUUCCAUCCAGAAUUCCUGUCUUCCACGAGCCCCCUACUUCCGGUGGAUUAUGAGGAAUUUGUGAGAGGCUGCCAUUUGGGCGUGUUCCCUUCGUAUUAUGAGCCCUGGGGCUACACACCAGCUGAAUGCACCGUCAUGGGCAUCCCCAGCGUCUCCACCAACCUCUCGGGCUUUGGAUGCUUCAUGGAAGAACACAUCGCCGACCCAUCUGCUUACGGGAUCUACAUCCUUGACCGACGUUUCCGGGGCUUAGAUGAAUCGUGCACCCAGCUGACCUCUUUCCUGUACAGCUUCUGCCAGCAGACGCGACGGCAGCGCAUCAUCCAGCGGAACCGCACGGAGCGGCUUUCUGACCUCUUGGAUUGGAAAUACCUGGGGCGGUAUUAUAUGUAUGCUCGGCAUAUGGCACUCGCUAAGGCAUUCCCUGACAAUUUCACCUAUGAGCCACAUGAACCCACAGCUGCUCAGGGCUUCCGCUAUCCUCGCCCGGCCUCCGUGCCGCCAUCUCCCUCCAUUUCCCGCCACUCCAGCCCCCACCACAGCGAAACGGAAGAGGACGACGAGCGAUACGAUGAGGAUGAGGAAGCUGAGAAGGACAGGCAGAACAUCAAGCCUCCCAACAUGAUGGGCCCGGUGCCUGAGUGGCGCAAGCGCUCCAAGAAGGGCUCGAGCGAGGCCAGCGUCUCCUCCAACGCAAGCACCUCUUCCAUUCCCAGCAGCCCCAGUGAUGCCAGCAGCCCCACCAACUCGAUCAUUGAGGAGAGAAAUUAACCCCCCUAUCCAACCGUGGGGCCCGACUCACUCACCUGCUCUUUUCCCUGCGCCUCUCACUCCACGCCCUCCGUAGGUCAGCCGGUCUCUGGUGCUGGAUUUCUGAAGCAGUCCCAGAGUUGUAGGUUCUAACAUGCUCCAGAACUGAGGUUCUAGAAUAUUCCAGUAUUGAGAAGGGGCUCUGGGUGGUGGUCUUUCUGAUGCUGAGCUGUUAAACGGUUUGUUGCAGUUCAGGUUGUGGAAAAUGGACUUGAAAGGAGGUGCCCUCCCAUGGCUCUGAAGGGUGCCCCCUCUUUGCUUGUUCUCGAACACGAGGCGCAUGCUUGUGUUCAACUUGACCUGGGAAGGGAAGGGGCCUUCCCUGCUCUACCCAACCCCAGUCAGAGUUCGCCUUGAGUGCCAUGGACUGGCAACAUCUUUGGAAGGAGGUGUCUAGAUAUAUGUGAGAAAUCAGUGUGAGGCAAGGAAAUCCAUAGGCUUUGCUAGGGGUUACCCAGAGAUUGAUCCUAAGGAUUCUCAGCACUCGUGACUUAAACCUACAGCUGGCUAGGUCUGUGCUCUACAGAUUUCACAGUGCUGUCCUGCUCGGUGUCUCUGUCUUGGAAAUGCCACCACUUUUAAAAAGAAUUUGACAGGUUUUUGUAACACAAGCAGAGGUUCUUGAUCCUUUUUUUAAAAAAUAAUAAUAAUAUGCAUUGUUACCAUGAGGGCCAUGUGAGGUCACAUAAACAGCACAGUUGUAGAAUGCUUGGGAGUUCAAGAAAGACCCUGUGCGUGAGGAAGCACAGUGGCAUUUUUAAAAAGCCUCGAGUCUGCUCUGUUCUGGAUGGUUCAUGAGAAGAUGAAUGAACGCAUCUAGAAGAAAGUUGCAUUCUAAGGCUGGUGAACUUUUUUAAAAAAUGAAUUAAGAAUUGAAAAAGCAGGGGUUUUCCUGCAGGGAUUUUCCUUAUAUGUUAUUUUGAAAUUUGCAGUUGAAGAACAAUCUUAAGAUGCAGUCUGUUUAUUCCUGAAUGCAUCCAGCUGGGAGUUUUAAAGGUGGUUCUUGGUAGCCAUGGUUGACCUUCCAAGGGGAUGUAGUUUAAACAAGGGUUAGCGUGAAGCUCUUAACAGCAUGAAUGGUCUAGGUUUGGUAUAGUAAUUUAGGAUUUGGACAAAAGCGUUUGCCUCUAAAAGCAGCCAAGGGCCCCAGAGUGUGUUGCAGGGGCAUUUAAGAAUGCAAGAAAAUCUAGAAAUGUCCUGCAGUGUAGACCACUUAAGUGGCUCCAGAAAAAGGAGAAGCAAUCAGAGGUUUCUCUUUUUUUAUAUAUUAAAACUGUGGCUUUUUCCUGGAGCUUUUAUUUAUACCCCAGCAACUAUGUUUAUACUAGUGGACAAUCAAGAGUAUUUUGGAGCAAUUCUAAGUGCAAUGUUACCCAUUUUUAAAGUGCUGUGUUGAGUUUAAUGAGGGAAAAGCACAAGGCAGUUGAGCCCACUUUGCCAUUGUCUUAAAUGUUUAUCUUUAGGAAACCCAUUCUUGACAUUUUAGAAUGUAUAGGAUACCUGGGAUAUCUCUGUGACUCCUCUGGGAAGAAGGCAAGCUAGUCUGGAUCAUGAGUGCUUCAAGGGAACAUUCAGGAAAACCACACACUAGAAGGUAUAAGUACCUGUAAUGCAGUUUCUGUGACAAUGCUGGCCUCUCAAACUUGUGAGGCUCUGAAGACAAACAUAUCAGGGAAAGCCUCUAAACAGGUGAGCUUCUUUCACAGCUAGAGGAGUUGUGUGAUUCCAACCCCGCCUCCCAGCAAUUUAUCCUUAAAACAAGGCACAUGGAAAGUGUGUGCUUUGUUCUUAAGUGAAUUACGCCUGUGGGAGCACAGUUUACCUUUUUUAAAGGUGCGUGCUCUUGCUGCACCUUGUUUUAAAGAUGAAUUGCUGGGUUUGUUGGUUUGGUGGGGUUUUUCCCCCAUUUUUACCAUCAUGGUACUGAAACUUAUCGGUGCAGUGGCAGAUGAAGCACUUGGGCCUACGAAAAACAUCAGCCAAGGUGCCUGUUGCCCUAGCUGUUUUUGUUAGAAGGAUUAUGUAUGCUGUUGAAGUCCCCGAAGGGAAGGGUCCCUUACGGCUGUCGUCUUGUGCGUCUCAGAACACCAACCAGAGCGGCUGAGAUCAACCAAGGCCAUAAUAUUUCAGAACUUCUUGCCAGCUCAGUGCGAAGUUGGGUGCCUGUGAUGAUGGCGACGCAGAGAAGAGUACAGCCAAAGCCGAUUCUCCUGUGCAACAAACCAGAGAGCGUGCUGUUGACAGUUUUAAGACCGAAUAGUAGUUGGUAUGUGGAUAUUCCUUCUGGGACAAGAGAGGGAGACACCUCGAGAGCGGAGCAAAGGACACGCACAGGACCCCCCCCCCCUUUGUUUUUCCACCUGCUGCCAACUGUGGUUAUUAUGAACAAUCAAGGAAACCCGUUUUUU